AUUUGUUCCAAACAGCCAAUUUAGCUCUUUCUUCUGUGGUGUUGAAUUGUAACUUAUCGUAUUUGCUUUCAACAAUGAAGACAUUCGCAGUAGUUAUUCUUUAUUUCAGUGUAGCUUCGAUCAGUGCUUUUCCAGGGGAAAGAUUCAAGCAAACCGAAAAAGAAGAACUAUGGCAAGUAGUUCAUGGUGCUGCCGAGAGUGGCAAUGCAGAAAAAAUCGUACAACUAGUGAAAAAUAUAACAAAUAUCAGAGACCCCAACACUUUUAACACGCCACUCUAUGUUGCGACUAGAAAUGGUCAUGAGAAUGCUGUGGUCGCACUUCUUAAGAAUGGUGCCGAUGCAAAUAUUAGAGGAAAAGAAGGAUGUGAGCCAAUACACGCUGCAGCCAAAGCAGGUUAUCUGCGAAUUGCUGUAUUGUUACUUGAAAAUGGGGCACAUAUCAAUAGCCAAAAUAUCGAUGGAUCAACGCCCUUAAAAUUAGCUUCAGAUAAUGGUCAUGAUAAUGUAAUUGAGAUGUUGUUAAACAAACGUGCCAAUCUUAAUUUGGCUGAUAACAAUGGCGAUACACCGAUUUUUGCGGCAACUCGCAAAGGAAAUGGCCGAAUUGUGGAAAUGUUGAUCAACAACGGCGCCGACGUGAGAGUGAAAAAUAUAAAGGGCGAAACUCCGAUCUUAAAAGCCACUUUACUAGGUAAUGGACGUAUUGUUGGGAUGCUGAUUAGAAAUGGUGCCGAUGUAAAUGUUGUACGAAAGGACGAUUCAUUAGCACCACUUCAUGUUGCAACAAGUUACGCCCGGGACGUAGUUUAUGAACGAAUUGCUGAAUUACUUAUCAAAAAUGGGGCAAAUGUUAAUCUUCAAGACGCCGGUGGAGAGACACCAAUUAUUUUAGCUGCCGGAGCAGGCUCCAAAAAAAUCGUUGAAAUGUUAGUCCGUUUUGGUGCUGCUGUUAAUACAGCCAAUCCAAAUCUGUCGACACCACUACAUGAGGCCACGGAAAGAGGCAGUGAACAAGUUGUGGAGUAUUUACUGAGCAAAGGGGCCGACCUGAAUUUAAGAAAUGCAGACAAUGACACCCCGCUGGAUAUAGCCAAAAUAAAAGGAAAUAUGAAAAUCAUCGAACUUCUUGAAACCGCUCCCCAAACUCGAUCAGCAGAAAGGACCACCCAAAGAGGAACCAACUAAUUACUUAUGACCAAUAUUUUUUAGUUUUAUAAACUUAUAUUCAAGCGCCUUCGUGAAUUACGAAAAAA